UCUGCUGUAGUUUUCGUAGCUCGUUCGUACUAGCGGUACUUCAGUAUUUGCGCUACCUCUGACGCGCGAGGUACGUGCUCGUAGCACUCGCUCCCUCAGUUCUCAAAAACGAAACGCAAACAUUGAAGAGUAUUGGAAAUUGUUGGAUUUUCGAUCAACUAAUUUGCUAGUAAUUCUCAUAUCGGUCUCGUGGGACUAACGAACUGGAUAAAUUUUCGUCCAAAAUGGUGUAAAAUAUUGUCCAACUUUUCUCCUUUGUAACUUAUUCUGAAUUAUAAAAUUCGUAAUAUUCGUCUUUUUGUAAUGAAUACAACGGACUCGGAUAAAAAUUGAUGGUAAAGUCGGUGACGAAAUCUCUAGAAUUCACAAAAAUAAAAACUUUUUAUCGAGUGAAAAAUGAUCCGAAACAGAGAAAUGGGAAAUAAAAAAUUAUCGAGUUCGUCGAUCGUUUGCGCGACUCUGUUCGCAGCUCUUGUUGUGUUUUCGGAUGCCAGUGAAGAUGUGGCGGGAAAAACGACGGUUCUGAAAUGUUGCAAAUACGGUGAAGAAUUGUCGAAACCAACGAGUGUUUAUAAACAGAAUUAUGACAAUUCGAGUGAGUUGAAGUGUCUCCCGAGCUCGAUACCUUGGGAACCCUUUAUUUAUUCACCUACCAAGGGUGGGCUUAUCAGCAAUGUGCCUGAUACGUGGCACAUCAUCGAAGGUGCCAGGCCUCAUUGCAACAAAAAAGACGAGAUUGUUACGUACUUCCCUUCCAGCGAGUUGAACCCCGUCAUUAUUCUCGAGACCGGGCCCGCGAUGCUUCAACCUGGUAGCGGAACUUUUUUCGAACCCGGACAAUAUUGUUCCGAUUCUCGGGCCCUUUUGGUCUGUGCACCUCGAAAAAUCGAAGCUAACAAUGCAGCUGCCACCAUGAGACCCAAAAUUCAUCGCUGCUGCGGCGACAAUGCAAUUUUUCAUGAAAAACGAAAAACGUGCGUACAUCUAAAAGAAUCGGAAAUCGGUGGAUCACUGUUGCCAAACGCUUCCUCGAUCGUCGAACUCGUGUCUGGUUUUCCACCCUGUCCAAGAUCAGAUAACUUCACGAUCGUUGGGGCAGCUGAGGAUGCUUUGGUCCAACCUGACGGUGGCCUCGAGAUCAACGGUGUCAAUUUACCCUCCGAACAUUUUUGCGUCGAGAGAAUCAACGAACUCAACGGAGCCGCCAAGAUUUUUGCGUGCAGCGAAUACGGGCCUCAAAGACCCGACGUCCAGCCUUUGGACAUAAGAUUCACGAUGUACCCGAUCAGUUUCAUAAUCAGUGCGAUUUUCCUCGCUGCAACCCUCGCGGCUGGUUGGCUGCUCCCAGCUUCGCAUCACGUUUUGCACUGGAGAUGUCAAACUCAUCACGUUGUUUGCCUCAUGCUCGCUGAUAUUCUUAUGGCGGUUAUACAACUCGGAAGCGAUUCUCUCCAUGGCAGCGGCUUGUGCGACGUAGUCGCAAUACUGGCCCACUUUUUCUUCCUCGCUGCAUUCUUCUGGCUAAAUACCAUGUGCUUCAAUAUCUGGUGGACUUUCCGUGAUCUGAGACCAGCGAGUUUGGAAAAGGGCCAGGAGACGUUGAGACUCAGAGUUUACGCUUGUUACGCUUGGGGCGGACCGCUUCUCGUUGCUGGCCUCGCGGCUCUCCUCGAUCAUCUCCCACCGCAGCCACAUUACACUUUUCUUAAACCGCGCUUCGGCGAGAAACAGUGCUGGUUCUAUGGCGACACCGAAAUUUUGGCGUAUUUCUUCGGACCGAUCGGCGUCUUAUUGUUCAUCAACGUUGUUUUCUUCAUCGCUACCGCACGUGAAUUAACUUGUGGCCUGUGGAAAGGAGAAUUUGUGAAAAGCACUACGGAACGUGCUGCCCUGGGUCGCGUGUGUAUGAAACUCGUGAUAGUGAUGGGUGUGACAUGGAUAGCGGACGUGGUAUCCUGGGUCGUCGGUGGUCCUCACUACGUUUGGUAUUUUACCGAUCUCCUCAACGCCCUUCAGGGUCUCUUCAUUUUUAUCGUGGUUGGCUGGCAGCCGCAGGUACGUGCCGGUCUUAAGAGGCUUUUCAACAGAAAUCCUCGUACCAACGCCGGAAGACAGGGUAAUGGCCUCAGCACCACGAGUCAUGGAAUGCCGAGCAUGGGAGACAGCGUGACGCAAAAUCCGAGCACCAAGACUGCACCCCUUGAAACCAUCUGCUAAAACGCUUCUCCUUUGCCUGCACCCCCCCCCCCUCUCCCUCCUUACCUUCCUCUCUCACUCUCUUUCUUCAUUUUAUUCCGUUACACAAAACGCGCCUCCUCGGACUAGCUCUCAACGUUAUUUCACCGUUUUUUCGUUCGCUCUGAGUGUUACGAAGGAAGAAAUUUGCGAACGCGGAUCGCGUCUUCGGACGGUUGGGCCCGGAGGAUUGUGAAGUCGAAAUUGUUCGAUUGAAAAAGAAAAAUAUUGAAAUGUUCUGAUUUUCAUAGUCCAAUGUAAAAUUCGGAGGCGCCCAAAUGAUUCCACUAAAACCCCAAAAUACUCAACUCCCUCAGUCCCCCGUUUUGGAUUUUUAACCCGUUCCCAUCCCACAAAUGAUAAAAGAUACGAGACUGUAACACUUUCAAUCCAAAGAAUGAUGUUUUUUUUUGCGCGAGGUUUAUUUCUCGAUGUACACAAUAGUUCGUGUACACGAUAGACAAUUUUUUUUCCCGUGAAUCUUAUUGAUUAGAGGGCGAAGUGUCGUUUAAUUUAGUAAUUAUAGGAACUAGGGAUUGAAGGGAAGAUAAUAUUUGAAAAAUUCGCGGAGAAUAAAAAAAAUGACAGUUUUUCACUCGUUUUGCGCUGAACGGUCGAAUUUCAUCGGUAACUCGAUGUUGAUUCACCCCACGAUUCCUUCGACGACAAUACGAAUGUGAAUGUUACUAAUGUAUUCACAUAAGCGAGUUCGUUUUACUCAUCAUUCGAAUUCUAUUAGAGGCGUCUUUUCAUUUUAUGCGUUCAAUUCGCAGCUGGAUACAAUUCGUUUUACUCUUUUCUUUUCUUAUAGGAGAUUUAAUUUUUUAACGAUAUUUAUCGACAUAAAAACGAUGAAAAAAGUAUAUAAAAUUUGGUGGAUUUUGUGAAUCUCUUAUUGAAGACGGAAAUUCGAAUCGGUUAUCGACUGAAACGAGCUUUUAUAAAUGAACUUUUUUUGGAUUGCGUAUGACACUCUUUUCGGUGAUUUAUUGAGUGUGCAAACCAUGUGUGUUUAUAAAUUCAUCGAGUGGGUAUGAAUGCGAGAAAGAGGUAAAGAUUUUAAAAAUCGUGACAAUACAAGCGAGUAAAAGAGUAAUUAUUAAGUUAUUAUAUUGCCUUCGGAAAAAUGCCUUUCUCCGUGUGUUCAACGUCACGAGCGAAAAUAGCGAAAGAGUUUUUCUCUUUCGAUCGACGAUUUAUCUGGAAAAUAACUUCUUUGCGACACAUAUGAGUCAUAAAAACGUUUCGUAACAUCAAAACAGCGGGGCAAAAGACCGGGAAGUAAAAAUUGCAACUGCCAAAUUUUCACAAAGUUUUCGAAGCCAUGAGCAGAAAAACGUACACGAAAUUUCUUUCGAUUCUACGAAUUUAAUAAACUUUUCGACUAUUGGUCCAUUAAAAACACAGACACAUACACAAAAUGAAGAGCUCAAAUUUCGAUUUCAUUCAAAAAUGAAGUCGACAUCUAAUGAUAAACGAAAUUUUAAAUAUUAAUGGGAAUUAAAAAAUUCAAUUAAAGUGUCAAAUUUAAAAUGUAAGCUUGGCAAAUAUUGUGUUUAUACUCGCGUGCACAAAUGUGAGACUGAUAUUAUUCAUUGACCAAUACUUUUUUUCUACGAAUGACACAAAUUUUAAAUGUUUUAACACAAAAAAAAAGAACAAAAAACUAUCCCUUAGUUCCUUUUUCGUGCGAAAAGGCAAAUGAUAAUGUGAUAAUGUGGGUACACGCCGUUGAAUGAAUUUAAGCUUUUUUGUCAAUAAUAAAAUUUAUUUACUGAGGGAAAAAAUCUUUUUUCUGCGUUUUUCAAAUGUGAGUUUUUCUAGUGUUUCAUUAUACGGUUUUGAAUCGUUCGAACAAUGAUUGUAUCCGCGGUUCAUUCGACGGUGUGUCGUACGUUGUAUGUAUUUGGAUGCACGUGUACUUUACGAUUAAAUAAUAAUUGAUAUUUUAGCAACUAGAUACUCAGGAUGCUGUAAAAUUUAGUUGAUCGAUCAAUCGUAGACUUGAACACUAUUUUUACUAUCAUUAACAUUAUUUUAUUAUUAAUAUGACUAUUAAUUUUUUUCUUAUUUUUAAUAUUAUUAUUCAAUGAAACAUUUAUAAUAAUUCCGAUCCACGCUGCAAUAGGAUAUGAGCGAUGAUUUUCUUUUGUAUAUAGUAAAGAACGCACGUGAAAUUUUAAUAAUAACUAUAUGCAUGUAAUUUUUAAGAAAAAGUUUAGAGUUGCUUAAGAAGUGGAUACGAUAUUUGUGGUUCAAUUCGACGACUGGAUGCUCGAAUAAAGUACCAUUGAAAUCUCGUUGUGUAAUAGAAUGAUGGGAAAUUCUGAGUAUCGGAACGUCCUCGAAUUCGUUGGUUCUUUUUAUUUAUUUAUUUUUUUAUUGUUCGGUUGUUGGGACUUUUUAAGUGACGCGACAUAUUUGAAAUCCUCUCAUUGGUAGCGUUUUCCGUAUAGGAUGUGUACACUUUACGAGAAAGAAAAAAGUGGAAAGCGAAGUAUUUUAAAAUGGUAGAAAUCUUCAUUGAUGUUUGUUAUUAUAAAUUAUUGAAUGAGAAAUCAAUGAGACGGAAAGAGAUUACAGUGAUAAAAGUGGCGUAGUUUUGACCUUGUAGUAUUUUUCUUUUUUCACGGAAAACAAAAAUAAGUCGGAGAAUAAUUAAAAUUAAAACAAUGAUAAUUAGAAAAUAACUAAUCGAGAAAAAAAUAAGAGAGAAAGAAAGAGAGUAAAGUACUUUGAUAAGCAUAACUUAUAGGAUACGUAGCUCGCCAGCAGUCAUUCGUUAUGAUUUCUAUAAACUCAUUUUUUCACCAGCAUUCGAGUUAUAAGAAUCGGAUGACUGCGGCUCUCUCCCAACUCAAAGAUCGAGGCUAAACUUUCCCCAACUUUUUAUUUAUUCCCAAGUAAUCAAACGUAAUUAUAAAAUAAAAGAUUCAAAGAAUAUAUAUAAACGAGGAAAAAACUACGAAAGGUCGACGGAUAGGUAUUACAGUCCGACGUUGAAGGAGAAACGAAACUAGCCAGCGUAGCGAUUAGCCAGUUAUUUAAAGGAAUAUCGAUAACGAAGAACUUGACGUACGAUGUUUUUAUAUAUAUAUAUAUAUAUAUCAAUAUCUGUCUAUAUACAUAUACAUGAAGGAUCUUUUUUUACGUAGUCUAACGAAAUAAAAGAACACCAACUCGUCAAACGAUCAAUAUUGAUCAAAAAGAUUAUUUUUCUCCUUUUUUUCAUAAUUAUAUAUUGCCAAGAUAACCGAAGAAAGGACAUCUGCAUAUAGCGUUUUCACUCCGUAAUGAUCCGACAUAUAUAUGCAUCGAUCGUACACCAUUCCUACGAUGUAUUUGUAACAGUAUUUAUAUCGCAAGUAAAUAAAUAAAAAACAGAAUCUGUUGAUAA